AUGACAAAUGAAACGUUAACAAAACUUGACAUUCAAGAUAACGACAUAUCAGUCGAUGGAGCUAAAGCUCUAGCUGCUGCACUCAUGACAAAUAAAACACUAACAACACUUUACAUGGGAAAGAACAACAUAUCAGCCGCUGGAGCUAAAGCUUUAGCUGCUGCACUCAUGACUAAUAAAACAUUAACAACACUUGAUAUUCAAGAUAAUGAGAUAUCAGUCGAUGGAGCUAAAGCUUUAGCUGAUGCACUCAUGACAAAUAAAACAUUAGCAACACUUGACAUUGGAUGGAACAAUAUAUCAGCCGAUGGUGCUAAAGCUUUAGCUGAUGCACUCAUGACUAAUAAAACAUUAACAACACUUGCCAUUGGAUGCAACAAAAUAUCAGCCGCUGGGGCUAAAGCUUUAGCUGAUGCACUCAUGACAAAUAAAACAUUAACAACGCUUGACAUUCAAUGUAACGAAAUAUCAGUCGAUGGAGCUAAAGCUUUAGCUGAUGCACUCAUGACAAAUAAAACAUUAACAGCACUUGUCAUUUUAGAAAACAAAAUAUCAGCCGAUGGAGCUAAAGCUUUAGCUAAUGCACUCAUGACAAAUGAAACAUUAACAACACUUUGCAUUCAAUCUAACGAGAUAUCAGCCGAUGUAGCUAAAGGUUUAGCUGAUGCACUCAGUAGAAAUAAAACAUUAACAACAGUUGACAUUCAGGAUAACAACAUAUCAAGUGAUGUUAGAGAUAUUAUUUUCCAAUGUAUUUUGGAUAUUCAUAAUAUAAUUAGUGAUUUCAGUGAUGAAAUGGAUACAAUAAAUAGCGGCAUCACUAAACUAAUAAUCAAACCAACUGAUAUGACAAUCCAAGAAGAAAUUUGUCAAACAUAUGACGGUGCUGAUUUACGACAACUAGAAACAUAUUUGGAAAAAACAGAUGAUUGUUGA